AGCAGCCCUGGAGCGGUAGGUAGGCGGAUCAUAUGGUGGGCAGCUAAUUAACUUAGCAAGCACCUUAGCAGACUGGGACUAAACCCUUUUCUCGCAAAUGUGUCGUCGCAUCGCCUCGUCGUAUCGUUCCAUCUCGGCUCACCCCCGUCCCACUCACCAUAUGAUGGCAUACAUAGCAGUCGUAAUCAGAUGUAGCGCGUGUAUCUUGGCUAUGAUUUUUUUGUUUUUGGAGGGGAGUUGAAUGUUGUGUACUCCAACUCUUGAUGUUCCCCUAUAUUAUACCUAACCUAGGAAAUGUAUAUAAGCUGGCGGUGCCUGCCAAGGGACACGGGUUAGCUUUCCUUUGUUCUUUUGAUAUUGACCAUCCUACGACUUACUUGUAUAAACAUUGAAUAAAAUAUCGAAACUACUACCUGUUCAAGGUUAAGUUAGUAACUACCGAAUUACUUCGACUUGUGUAGUAACCUGGCUGCUCCUUCGGUCUGCUCGUCAGAAUAAUAACAUCGAAUCUUCCUCGUCGAGAUAUACCUACCUACCUACCUAGUGUAUAUAAGAAACCAACUUGAAACAUCCUACCUACAUAUAUAUACCUACCUACCUAGUAGUAUAUAGUACCAGUUCUCUGCCGAAGCUAUCAACUACUCACCUCACUCAUCCUUCGGCGCCCUCUUACUCAUACAAUACACAUCAAAACCCACCAAAGAGCCAAAAUGCCGAUGAACCUCAAUGCACCACGGCCCUUCACGGCCACGUCGCCCGUCCACCCAAGCUACCUCCCCGCUCUCCACAAAUCAGGCCGCAUCGAGAGAGGAAUUGCCACAGCAACCAUAGCAGCAGUAGGCAUCGGCUACGGCCUCGCGCGGUACAAGGCCCUGCAGUCCGAGCAGUGGCAGAAACAGCAGCAAGCAGCCCAGCACCAGACCUUCCGCAGCGCAGACAUGGUCGGGGCACCGGCGAUGGCGGUCGUGACGGUGGCCAGUACUACUAGCAAUGGGAACAGCCGAGCGGCGAACGAGGCCGUCGAGGACGCGUAUGGCGACCGCACGAGCCUCGCGGAGCUGGAGGCGGCGGUGGCGGCCUAUGAGAGGGAGCGCAAGAAUUGAGGUAGCUUGGUUGCCUAGGUAGGCUACCUGUCGAGGUGGUUUUUCUUGCGCCACUACAGAAAUGCUUCUGGGUUUCUGUUGGUUGAUUAAUGGUCCUUUUUCUCGUGGGUACUGCGAGCAGGCGUUUAUGGCUGGCUGGGUGGCUGGAUGGAUGGAUGGCGGGCGGGCUGUCUCAUCUCGGGGUUUUGUGCGCUGGAGUUUCGGAUAGGUAACAAACAUGAAAACGUGGGCGGAGAGGGAUGGUGAGAAGAAGCAUUACCUAAAUGAAAGUAUGGGUAGUGAAUGAGUGCAUUGGGUUUAGGCGUUACUACUCGGAGAGGAGGGGGGGAGUGAACUCGCCUCACUCAGCUUUGAGGCCGGUACGGUAUAAUAUACAUGCCGCCGGCAUGGGUAGCUUACCUAUACAUUGCCUCUUACCUACCUAUC